GGCAGCGGUGGUGGCAGUGGCGGCUACUCCAACGGCUACUCCAACGGCGGCGGCUACGGUGGUGGUGGUGGAUACGGUGGCGGCGGCUAUGGUGGUGGCUACGGUGGCAGAGGUGGUGGUGCCGGUGCUGGCGCUGGUGGAGACCGCAUGUCCAACCUGGGCGCUGGCCUGAAGAAGCAAGAAUGGGGUAAGUUGCGAAGCUUCGCGGGAGGAAAUACCAGCAGUGCUAACAGUCAUGGCAGAUCUCGAUGCUCUUCCCAAGUUCGAGAAGUCUUUCUACAAAGAACACCCCGAUGUCGCCAACCGCACUCAGCGUGAGGUUGACGAGUUCCGUAAGAAACACGAGAUGGCCGUCCAGGGCAAGAACGUCCCUCGCCCUGUCGAGACCUUCGAUGAAGCUGGGUUCCCCCAGUACGUUCUGGGCGAAGUCAAGGCCCAGGGCUUCGAUCGUCCCACCGCCAUUCAGUCCCAGGGUUGGCCCAUGGCUCUCUCUGGUCGCGACGUCGUCGGUAUCGCUGAGACUGGUUCCGGAAAGACUUUGACCUACUGUCUCCCGGCCAUUGUUCACAUCAACGCUCAGCCCCUCCUCGCUCCCGGUGACGGUCCCAUUGUCCUUAUCCUCGCCCCCACCCGUGAGUUGGCCGUCCAGAUUCAGGCCGAAAUCUCGAAGUUCGGAAAGUCUUCUCGUAUCCGCAACACCUGUGUCUACGGUGGUGUUCCCAAGGGUCCUCAGAUUCGUGACCUGAGCCGUGGUGUUGAAGUCUGCAUUGCCACUCCUGGUCGUCUGAUUGACAUGCUGGAAGCUGGUCGUACCAACCUUCGCCGUGUUACAUACUUGGUUCUGGAUGAGGCUGAUCGCAUGCUGGACAUGGGUUUCGAGCCCCAGAUCCGCAAGAUCAUCUCCCAGAUUCGCCCUGACCGUCAAACUUGCAUGUGGUCUGCCACCUGGCCCAAGGAGGUCCGUCAGCUUGCGUCGGACUUCCUCAGCGACUACAUUCAGGUCAACAUCGGUUCGAUGGAUCUGUCUGCCAACCACCGUAUCACCCAGAUUGUCGAGGUCGUCUCGGACUUUGAGAAGCGCGACCGCAUGAUCAAGCACCUCGAGAAGAUCAUGGAGAACCGUGGCAACAAGUGUCUCAUCUUCACCGGCACCAAGCGCAUCGCCGACGAAAUCACUCGCUUCCUCCGCCAGGACGGAUGGCCCGCCCUUUCCAUUCACGGUGACAAGCAACAGCAAGAGAGAGAUUGGGUCUUGAACGAAUUCAAGACGGGCAAGAGCCCAAUCAUGGUGGCUACCGAUGUGGCUUCCCGUGGUAUUGAUGUGCGCGACAUCACACACGUUCUUAACUACGACUACCCCAACAACUCGGAGGACUAUGUUCACCGUAUCGGUCGAACUGGUCGUGCCGGUGCUAAGGGUACCGCCAUCACCUUCUUCACCACUGACAAUUCCAAGCAGGCUCGUGACUUGGUCACCAUCCUUACUGAGGCCAAGCAGCAGAUUGACCCCCGUCUCGCCGAGAUGGUCCGCUACAGCGGCGGCGGUGGCCAUGGCCACGGUGGUUACGGCCGUUGGGGUGGUCGCGGCGGCGGUGGUCGUGGCCGUGGCAACAACUACACUGCCUCCAACGCGGCUCCUCUCGGUGGCAACCGUCGCUGGUAAACUGACCUUGAUGCCCAGUCCAGUCACUGAGCUUGUAUUCCAUUGUCACAUCGGUAGACCUUUUCCUUUCUCCUGCGCAUGACUUUCCUUCUCUUCGUAACGGUCCGGGCGGCGUUCAUCGAUAUCACGAUAGACUAUUCGCGUGUUUUUGCUCAGUUUACAACAGGCU